AUGGCAGCGACUGCGGCAGACACACUGGAGAAGACGGCGGCGACUGCGGCAGACACACUGGAGAAGACGGCGGAGGCGACAGCGGCAGAACCACUGAAGAAAACGGCGGUGACAGCGACAGAUCCAGUGGAGAAGACAGCGGCGACUGCGGCAGACACACUGGAGAAGACGGCGGCGACUGCGGCAGACACACUGGAGAAGACGGCGGAGGUGACAGCGGCAGAACCACUGAAGAAGACGGCGGCGACAGCGACAGAUCCAGUGGAGAAGACAGCGGCGACUGCGGCAGACACACUGGAGAAGACGGCGGUGGCUGCGGCAGACACACUGGAGAAGAGGACGGAGGCGACAGGGGUAGAACCACUGAAGAAGACGGCGGUGACUGCGGCAGACACACUGGAGAAGACGGCGGUGACUGCGGCAGACACACUGGAAAAGACGGCGGAGGCGACAGCGGCAGAACCACUGAAGAAGACUGCGGCGACAGCGACAGAUCCAGUGGAGAAGACUGCGGCAGACACACUGGAGAAGACGGCGGCGACUGCGGCAGACACACUGGAGAAGACGGUGGCGACUGCGGCAGACACACUGGAGAAGACGGUGGAGGCGACAGCGGCAGAACCACUGAAGAAGACGGCGGCGACAGCGACAGAUCCAGUGGAGAAGACGGCGGCGACUGUGGCAGACUUACUGGAUAGGACGGCGGCGUCUGCAGGACAGGCAGAAAGGUGUUGGCAUUCUGGGCAAACUCACUGGAGCAGAAGCGAGUACCGGUAG